UCUCCCCACCACCCACAUCUGGAGCUUAUUGCAGACCGAUGGGCGCUGUCCGGGUGAGCAUUCAAGCAUGCCAGAACCUCUCUGUUCCACACCCUCACAAUGAACUGCAGUGCCAAUUUUAGCAGAACAGGUCUGGGAAACAACACUUCACAGGAAGAUGGCGCUGUCAUUGUUGCAGAAUCUGUCGCCAUCAUUGUCAUUGCUGUGCUCAUCUGCUUGGGCAACCUGGUGAUUGUCGUAACUCUUUACAAGAAAUCCUACCUCUUAACACCAAGCAAUAAGUUUGUCUUCAGUCUGACUCUUUCCAAUUUCCUCUUAUCAGUUUUGGUACUUCCCUUUGUUAUCGCCAGCUCCAUCAAGCGAGAAUGGAUCUUUGGUGUGGUUUGGUGCAACUUCACUGCACUGCUUUACAUGCUUAUCAGCUCAGCGAGCAUGAUGACCCUUGGAGUCAUUGCAAUAGACAGGUACUACGCUGUCCUCUACCCAAUGGUUUAUCCUAUGAAAAUAACUGGAAAUCGCGCCGUUGUCGUGAUUAUGUACGUGUGGCUUCACUCGCUGAUCGGAUGCCUCCCCCCUCUCUUCGGCUGGUCCAUGUUUGAGUUCGACCAGUUCAAGUGGACCUGCGUAGCCUCCUGGCACAGAGAGGCCGGCUACACUGCCUUCUGGCAGAUCUGGUGUGUGCUGCUGCCGUUCCUGGCCAUGCUCGUCUGCUACGGUUUCAUAUUCCGUGUGGCCCGAAUGAAAGCAAGGAAAAUCCACUGUGGAACGGUUGUUGCUGUGCAGGAGUCCAGUAAGGAUAGCCGGAAAAAUUCCAAUUCUUCUGCCUCUUCCUCAGGGAGCAGAAGGAACACAAUCCCAAAUAUUGUGUAUUCAGCCAACCAGUGCAAAGCCCUGAGCACCAUUUUGAUUGUGAUUGGUGCCUUCAUUGUCACAUGGGGACCUUACAUGAUGGUGAUUAGCACUGAAGCUCUACAUGGCAAAGGCAGUGUCUCGCCAGGGCUAGAAACACUGGCAACUUGGUUAUCCUUCACUAGUGCUAUUUGCCAUCCACUUAUCUAUGGACUGUGGAAUAAAACCGUGCGUAAAGAGCUGCUGGGCAUGUGCUUUGGGGACAGAUACUACAGGGAUUCAUUUAUUCAGCGUCAGAGGACUUCCAGGUUAUUCAGCAUCUCCAAUCGCAUCACAGAUUUGGGUCUCUCUCCUCAUCUGACGGCUCUGAUGGCUGGUGGACAACCACUGGGACACAGCAGCAGUACAGGAGACACUGGAUUCAGUUUGUCUCAAGACUCAGGCACUGAUGUAAUGCUGUUAGAGGAUUUCACUUCAGAUGGGUCUCAUUUCUCUCAUCACGGCAACUGCUCAAAUCGGAGGCGAAGUUCUGGGACAAUUGAUGAACUCCCAGAACCACAAGAAGAAGCUGACCAGCCUGAUGUCAUGCAAAUCAAAGCAGAUGUUCACAAAUCUCUGGACAGUUUUGCCUCCAGUUUGGCCAAAGCUAUUGAAACUGAUGCCAAAAUUAGCCUCUUUGGAGAGAGCAGUUUGUCUGGAGAUUUAUUUACCGUAAUCACAGGUGUUCCUGGGGGGACCGGAACCCAGAGAGGAACAAGAGUCUCUGCAGGUCAGAGAAUGAGAUUGGAGAGUAUUGAUGAAGGAAUAGUUCAUGAUGGCACAGAAGAAAAUGUUUGAGAGGACCAAAAGAUGCGCUUACCAUAUGGAAAAGACAUGGCAUUAACCUCUACUUCACCAUCAAUGCUAAAGAGAUCCACUCGUAUGCUUCAGUCUGCUGUACACUUGUUUAAUUAUUGAUAUAGACUAGGAAAUGACUGUAAAACAAUUCAGAUUUAGAUAGUGCACUGAAAGGUUGGAAAAACCAAAGAGAGUGUGUUUACAGCUAUCAUCAGUGAAUAUCUUCAAGUUAUUUCCUGUAAUUUAGUUCAAUGUAUAGACAAAGCUACUUUGACAGAAAAAAAUUGAGAAGGUUGGUAAUGUGCCAAUUCUGAAGUUUCUUCAUGCUCCUUACCUCCAGUGGUAUUCUGUGCUUGAUGGAUUAUUGAUGUCCUGUUCAGUGCACGAUUGAUGCAGUAAGAAUUGUUGUUACUCUGCUAGAGUAGUACCCACAUGUCACUCUACAAAGGUUUCUCCAUAAACUGGUGGGAGAUGGGUUGCUUCACUUCGUUCCAGUCAAUAGUAAUGCAGAAAAUCUUAAAAGCAUGAGAGAUGGGGGUGGUAAGGAAUAAAUUGAGAACAAAAAUUGUGUGGCUCAGAUUAAAGAUAAAGGGUGGAAGCAAUACCAAUUUAAGAUUAGUCAAUUAGAAGUGAGGGAGAGCAUUUCUGGUCUAUCGGCACGUGCCCGCUCACUGUCUUAAUACAGAAAUUCAGAUUUUUCUAACUGAGACAAACAUUCAAGAAGGCAAUGAGCAAAUGCUUCAUUUUUAGUAGUAGUGAAUAUUAUUGGAUGGUUAUGGAAAGUUGUAGAGUCCAUAGGUUUCCACUACAUGCAGCUCAGAACACAAGGAUUACAACAUUUAAAUUAUAGCUCUUGAAUAUAGAAAUGUGUCCUUGUGGUGUUUUGCAGGCACUCAGUAUCAAGUGUCUAGUUUACUUAUUUCCAAACCAUGUGCUACUCUGCAGGGCUAUUUUUUUCAAGUGUGUAUUGUAGUUCAUAAAUAAGGAUGAUCAUGUGCUACUAAAGUAAAUGUAUGUGAGAAUUUUAGUCAAUUAGAACAAAUGGAAUUUGUCACCAUCUUUUAUAUUAAAAUAAACUUUUGAAAGUUAUAGAAAUGUUCAUUCAGAUGUUGUAUCUAUUAAAAAGAUUUGAUUUUUUUUGAUGCCAUUAAUUCAGCUUUCCACCUGCUAG